CGCCAGGGCGCAGUGGGCGGCAAUGGCGCGAGAGUCGUGUGUGUUCGCUGAGGCGAUGGAGAGGCUUCAUCCCGGUUGCAAAGGUCGUCUGUAGUCGCAGCGGACAGAAAGAUCGAAGAGCACAAUAUUAUUGACAACGCGGAAUAGUGGGCUAUAAACACACAUUUGUGUGGAAGGGCAGGAGGCGAAAGGUUUUAUUUUUGGAUUUGGACGACGAACGGUUGCUGCACGAGCUCCUGAGGAAUUUUCGCUGGAAAGUGGAUGGUGGCGGCGCAGGGCGAGUUGAAACUUGUUUGAUGAAUUUUGACUUGUUUAACGAAAUAAACUGUGGCCGGUCCUUUCCAGUAUGGAGCGUGGCGUGUGAGAGGAUGAGCAACAAGGGUAGCCCGGUGAAGGCUUACGACUUUCUGCUGAAAUUCCUGCUGGUGGGUGACAGCGAUGUGGGCAAGGGGGAGAUCCUGGCCAGCCUGCAGGAUGGAGCCAGCGAGUCACCGUAUGGCUACAACAUGGGCAUUGAUUACAAGACGACAACAAUUCUCUUAGAUGGACGUCGGGUGAAAUUACAGCUCUGGGAUACAUCUGGGCAAGGCAGGUUCUGCACCAUUUUUCGUUCCUACUCACGAGGAGCCCAAGGUGUAAUUUUGGUCUAUGACAUAACAAAUCGCUGGUCGUUUGAUGGUAUCGGCCGGUGGAUCAAGGAAAUUGAUGAGCAUGCUCCAGGUGUGCCUAAGAUCCUGGUUGGAAAUCGCCUUCACUUGGCUUUUAAGCGGCAGGUGUCCACAGAACAGGCUCAAGUCUAUGCGGAACAACAAGGCAUGACAUUCUUUGAAGUUAGCCCAUUGUGCAAUUUUAAUAUAAUUGAGUCAUUCACAGAAUUGGCUCGGAUUGUGCUACUGAGGCAUGGAAUGGACAGACUCUGGAGACCAAUCAGAGUGCUAAGUCUACAGGAUCUCUGCUGCCGAGCCAUUGUUUCAUGCACACCUGUGCAUCUGGUGGAUAAACUGCCCCUUCCUGUUGCCUUAAAGAGUCACCUUAAGUCUUUCUCAAUGGCAAAUGGUCUGAAUGCCAGAAUGAUGCAUGGACGUUCCUACUCUCUCACCGCUAAUGGCAGCAAACAAAAUAGCAUGAAGAAGUCCAAGAUCAUUCGUCCUUCCCAAAGCCCAACACAGAGUUGCACUCGAAACAGCUGCAAAAUCUCUUAGUUGCAAUGCUGGCCAGUCUGAAAAAGAACGCUGAAAAUUCUCACAAUUGACAAACUCUCUGAUGUGCCUGUUUUUUUUUUUUUUUUAAUGCUUCCAAACUGUAUUUAUAAAGGGCCCAUCAAUCAUAGAGUCAGAGUUUGCAGGAAUGAGAAAUGAUGCUGCUAGUUAAAGAGUAAUUGAUUACAGGGACCUCUGAUUCUUGUGAGCAUUUCAAUUAAAGUAAGAAUGAUUGUGUGCUUUUCGACAGUUCAGUGUCAAAAAGAACAAAAAGUGUUUGUCUGUUUAUGUGAGCAGGGCAGUACUAUUGUCUCAAAUUGCAGUAGAUUAUUUUGGAGGAAAUAAGCAUGUAUGAUGUCAAUGUGUGCUGGAAAUUGAAUUGCAAGGUACACUGUUGUUUAAAACAUUUUUCAGUAUUGCAGUCAGAAAAUAGAUCACAGUGAUGCUUUAGGAAUAGGAAUACUUUAUUGUCACAUGUGACUAGGCACAGUGAGAUUCUUUGCUUGCAUACACAAUGUAUACAAAUAGCAGCCAUCUACGGCACUGACAAAGUUACAAAGCACGCCGGUUUCUCCUUUUAUCCCACCCCCACCCAGUGGUCCCCCCAUGCCGGGUCCUCCAUUGUUCUUCCCCUCUCCCCCUCACGGUGAUCCUCCACGCGCUUGUUGACCCCGGGUCGACCCGCGAGGCUUUGCCACCACCGAGGCCCCAUCGUCACGAGGCUUCACUGCUGUCGACGCCCCACUUCACGCAUGUGUAUGUAAAAUCAUAUGCAGAAAAACAUUUGAGAAUUGGUAUGUUAAUCCAUUUCCAAUUAUUCUGUUAUAGGUUACAUUACUUCAAUGAUAAUUUGUAAAUAUAAUUUCCUUGUGGGACUAUUGUUUGUUUUGUACAGUACAAAGGGAAUAGUAAUGCCAAAGGUGUUCAUAGUAGAAAUAUUGUGUGGGUGUUGGAGAGUGGGGCUGGGGAGGGCAACACUGAUUUCUACAUUAAUUAUCAAUUUUUUGCAGUUAAAAUACUUUAGAAGGAGGGAAACAUGAUAUGCAUCUUUCUGGGAAGAGAUGUACUUUGUAAUUAUUUUAAAUGUGACUGUUUUGUAAAGACUGAUAUAUUUGCCUGAGCCACCAUUUAAUUUUAAUGGGCUCCGUCCUGGCUGUUUUACAACCUGUGCUGUUGUUGUAUGGAAGAUUUCAGAAAUACGAUGUUUCUAUUUAAUAGAGCUUAGAUGCAAUUUCUUUAAAUACCGAUAUCUUGUUAAAAUCAGAAAGAUUUCAGGAGUGAAAUAACUGCCCACUAGUUGUAGCUGUUUUUUCAAAACAGCAUCUGCAUUUAUAUUUCCAGUCUGGGUCUUAACUGGUAUUUUGCCUCAAUGGCUCUCAGUAGAAGAGAGAUUUGUCUGUUUUUAAUCAAGUGCCAAAACAAACAGGGAAAGGAUCUGCUAGGAUCAGUCCCAGCUACAGAAGUGCACUUGAAGUCAAUUAUUUGAAAUGUGUAGAUGUUGACAUUAGCUGUGGACAAUCUAAACAAUCCCAUCUUCCACUCUGAGGGAUAAUGUCUGUAGCUAGCUGAAUGGAGAUUUUAUUUUUCCAUUGUUAUGUGAAUGAGAUAAUUAUGUAAACUGAAGCGAAAACACUACUUUUAAGUUAAUCAAAGUUUUCAAAAUCACAUUACUGCAAAUUUUAAAUGUAUACGGUAUUUUACAUUAAUUUGAAAUAAAGAUGUAUGUACCAAUA